AUGGCCGCCGAGGAGGAUGGCAAGUCAUCCCGCCAGAAGCUGCUGGAUCGGCUGCAGAGGACACUGAACACGCUGGAUGAUGAGGAGCAAUUGGAGGAGGCUGUCCGGGCUGUUGAGAAGUUGGUGUCAGACAGAGAAGCGCGGCAGGCAUCGCUUAUCCGACAGCUCGCGUUCUACUUCUCAGAUGCGAACCUUCGCAGAGACCGCUUCCUGCGAGAGAAGAUCGUUGCAUCGGAGCAAGGCUUUGUGCCACUCUCAGUCAUUCUGCCGUUCAACCGCUUGAAGCUCAUGGGCUGUGUCACGGAAGGGGAGCUCGCUGCAGCAGUUCAGGCCGCAGACCCCAAGUUCAACAUGGAGCUUUCGGAGGAGAAGGACGCCAUCCGCCGGGCCGGCGGGGCGGAGCCGCCAUCGCUGUCGUUUGGCGGAGCUGGCAGUGACUUGGAGAAGCGCAGCGUGCAGCUGAGCGGCUUUCCAAAAGGUGAUGAGUUGGUGACCAUCGAGGAAGUCUCCAAACUCUGCGAACCUUUCGGGAAGGUGGACUUUGUGCGUCUGCUGCGAGAGGGCCCUUCAGAUGAUGGGAAGAUCUUCAUGGGCAGUGCCGAAGUGGAGUUUCAGAGCGAAGAGGCCGCCAAGGCCGUGGUGGGUCUGGAGCGCCCUGUCGGCACGAAAGCGCAGAGAAGAAAAGCUCUUUGCUGGAAGGACAAGCCACUGGACGCUGCGUGCCGGGCUCGGUAG